UUUCUCUUCCCCACCAAUAUUGCGACCGUGUUUCGUUGCUGGUGCGUCGGUGUUAUCGUCCCAGACGUCCUUGUCGCGUCUUCCCGUGCGGCUUUUAAUUUCGCGAUAUCUCCCGCCACCGUGGCUGCUCCAUUGCAACGGGUUCUAGACCGCGUUCGCUCGCCUACCUACUGAUCGUUGUCACCGUCUCCGCUUUGCAGGAAAUUCCUUCUCGCGGAAUUAGGAAUAAACGAUCCACAGCACCAGGUAUGCCUGUCAAAGUGGACAUAACGCCUAGACCACCAGCCAACUCUAAGCAAUUGGGCGUCACUGGAUCUAUUUUGUACAGCGGAUCAAGGUUCCAAGGAUUCCAAAGGUCUAAGGGUAACAGUUACGAAGUGGAAGUUGUGCUACAGCAUGUCGACGAACAAAACGGUUAUUUGUGCGGUUAUCUAAAAAUUAAAGGUCUAACCGAAGAAUUUCCUAAUUUAACCACAUAUUUUGAUGGGGAAAUCAUAAAUAAAAAGUGUCCUUUUUUAACAAGGAAAUGGGAAGCUGACGAAGAAGUGGACAGGAAACAUUGGAAUAAGUUUGAUGCAUUUUGUCAAUAUGCUAAGACAUUUAAUUCUGACGCAUUUGACUACGAAAAUCUCAAAAAUGCUGAUCAUGUGUUUAUGCGAUGGAAGGAACAUUUUUUAGUGCCUGAUCACACUAUACGUGAUAUUAGUGGUGCUUCAUUUGCUGGUUUUUAUUAUAUUUGUUUUCAGAAAUCAACUUCGUCUAUUGAAGGAUAUUACUACCACCGAAGUUCUGAAUGGUAUCAAACACUAUGCCUAACACAUGUCCCAGAGCACAGUACUCAGAUUUAUGAAUUUAGGUGAUUUAUAUAAUAUACCAAACAUAAAAGUUAACAGUGAAAAUGGUUCAGAAGUAUAUGAACUACCUCAAGGUUAUUGUGAUUUUUUAAGCAUUUUUCCUUUUUUAAUUACUUUGAUAACUAAUUAA